GGAUCCAGUGCCCGGGAAGUGCCAAGUGCCAAGAUCUCAGUGUCGCUCUAGCUCUCAGUGAAUGCCCAGGUUACUGUCUUCCCGCUCGUCUGCGCCCGCCCCUCUCCCCUCUCUCACGCCCUCACGCCCAUACAAACACGCCUGAUGACCGUCGUGAGGCCCGGUGGUGGUGAAAGAAGGAAAGAAAGAUUUGGAGAGAGAAUAGAAAGUGAGAGAGAGAGAGAGAGGGAAGGAAGGGAAAGAGAGAGGAAAACGAAGAGGAAUAGGGACUGGUGUUUAAUCUCUGAAAUUAAUCAUAACUGGUUGUCGUAAGCAUCUCUUUGUCGUCUGCGCGAUUCGGGUCGAUCUGUGAAAGGGUGGAUAAGUGGAAGACAGGAAAAACAAGGAAAAUUAGUAAAAAGGAACGGCGUCUGAGGCAAGGGUUCAGUUCAGGCCGCCCCUCCCCCCUGCCCCGGACGUUCCCUCCUCUCCCAUCUCCCUCCCGUUUCCCUCCCCUUUCCUGCUCCCCUCCCCCCUCUCCCCCUCCGAGGCCAGCAUGUUCUGCUGACACAGACCUUCGGGGCUGACUCGCUCACCCCCUGAGGAAAACACGGAAUAAAGGUAAAAAGAAGAAAUACCUUUCCCCUUUAUCCUCCUUCCUUCCUCCCCUCCUUCCCCUUCCGUGUUCUCCUUGCUCCCUGUGAACCUCAACUCCCCCCCCCCUCCAUUCCCCCUCCCCCUCGUCCCCCAAGGGGUGCUAGAUGGCCCUGAGAAGCUAAUCUUCCCUUCGUUUUUUCACCUGCAACGUCGACACCAUUCACCGCCGCCAUGACUGUGGAUACGUCGGAGGUGGUGAGCAUGAUCCGCCAGGGGGACAAGAUCGGGGUCCUGAUCUACCUGCGGAAGGGCGGCGACCCCAACGCCAGGAACCAGCUGGGCAUGAACCUCCUGCACGUGGCUUGUCUCGAAGGCCAGGAGGAGGUGGUCGAGGUCCUCCUCGAUGCGGGCGCUAAGGUGAACUCCUGCACAACCGACAUGUGCACGCCGUUGCACCGCGCUUGCAUAUACGGUUACAAAGGCAUCGUUGAGUUGCUGUUGUCCAAGAGUGCGUAUAUCAAUGCACAGGACAAGGCAGGCAACACCCCCCUGCACGAGGCGGCGAGAGGGUUUCACACGGCGGUGGUCAAGGUGCUGCUGGAGAGGAAGGCGGAUAGAACCAAGCUGAACCGCAAGAACCAGGAUUUCCUUCAGCUGGUGGGCCAACAGCUGAUGCCCGCCGUGGACGCUGGGGACACCGAGAUCCUGUUGCAGUGGCUGGAGUGGGGCCUGAGCGCGGACACGAGGGGCAACCUCAACUGGUCCAUCUUGCACAAUGCCUGCGCGAGGGGACAGCUCAACAUCGUUUCGCUUCUGAUUGAAAGAGGCGCGAACGUGAACAUCGAGGACAGCAACCGCACGACGCCCUUGCACACCGCCUGCUUCCACGGCCAGACGCGGAUCGUGGAGCUCCUUCUGCAGAGCAACGCCAACACGAACGCGGUGGACCAACUGGGGAACACGCCCCUCCACUCGGCCAUCACCGGGAGCAGGCCGGAGAUCAUCAACGUUCUGCUGAGCCAUGGCUGCGACACCACCAUUGCCAACAAAGAGGGACAGAUUUUCACACAUCUGGUCAACGAAUUCCUAAUCACAGCCGUAUACGAGGUCAAAGUCGCCCAGGUCAUCAGUCUAAUAAAAGGUCAAGCUGAUCCGAACUGUCGAGAUGCUUAUGGCUUUACUGUUCUCUGUCACGCUUCCUUCAAGGGCAACAUCACCAUCGCGGAGGCGCUGCUGGAGGGGGGCGCGGACCCCAACCUGUGCGACGAGGCCCAAGGGAAGACGCCCCUGCACCACGCCGCCUACUGGGGGCACCUGGCCGUCUUGCAGCUGCUCCUCGACAAGGGGGCGCUCGUCAACAGCAAGGACAAGGCCGGUGCGGCGCCCCUGCACGACGCCGCCUCCGAGGGCAUGGAGGACGUGAUCACGGUCCUGACGGGUCGCGGCGCCUCCCUCAACGCCACCGACCACGACGGCAACACGGCCCUGCACGUCGCCGCCAAGUGGGGCCACAGCCACACCGUGCUGCAGCUGCUGGACCUCGGCGCCCUCGACUCGCUCAAGAACAAGGACCAUCUGCUCUAUUCGGACCUGGCGCUGGUGCGUGCGGUGAGGACAGGCAAUAAGAGCGAAGUCAUGUCUGGAUUAGCAUGGGGAGGUGACCCUAACAGCCGUGACAGUCGUGGCUGGACGCUCUUGCACCAUGCUGUGUAUAAGGGUGCACACGAGAUCGCGCAGCUCCUCAUAGAAAACGGAGCGAACGUGAACGCCUCGGACAGACACGACCGCACGCCCCUCCUGCUGGCCUGCUACAGGGGAAACCACCAGAUUGCAGACCUGCUGCUGGAGUCCGGAGCUGAUGUGAACGCGCAAGACUGGACGGGCCAGACGCCGCUGCACUGGGCGGCUUACGAGGGCACCGUCGAGACCGUGCAACUGCUCUUGGACUGCGGGGCGGACACCACCAUCAAAAACAAGGAGGGACUUCGAUACGACAAUCUGCUCCUGAAGCACCUGUACUUCGCCGUCCGCCACAACGACGCGGACUCGGUGGCCAGGCUGCUCACCGCCGGCGCCGACCAGUACGCCGAGGUCAUGGGCACAGGCGUCAAUCCUAUGGAGGAGGCCAAGCGGUGUGGCUUCUACGAUAUCCUGCGCCAGAUGGCCUCCUUGGCCAAAAAGGAGGCCGGGGAGCCCGCGGAGAAUGAGGAGGAGGAGAGGGAGAACGGAAGAGUCUUGGAAGACGUCCACAGGCUGUUCGAAGGUGCAAAUAUCACUGAGGACGCCGGCUCGAAGACAGAGGAAGUGGGACAAGAGGAAGAGGAAGAGGAAGAGGAAGAGGAAGAGGAAGAGGAGGAGGAGGAUGAAGACGAAGAUGAAGAUGCUGAGGAGGAAGAAGAAGAGGAAGAGGAGGAAGAUGAAGAUGCUUAUUGGAAAAUGUCGAAUGCCUAUGUGGUUCUCACGGCCGACGAAGUGUUUAAGGAGGAGGAGAGAGCGUGGCUGAAGGAGUUCGAGGAGAAACCGAAAGUGAUCUCCGCCAAAGAGCUGAUGGAAGAGGAAAACAGCGCCUUUUGGGAGGAGUGGAAGGAAAAGCCCAAGGCCGUGCCCGCGAAGGAGGCCUUCAAGGAAACGAAUGACUGGUGGGAAAAAGGAGAGGAAGAAGAGGAGGAGAAAGAAGAAGAAAAGGAAGAAGAAGAAGAGGAAGAAGAAGAAGAAGAAGAGGAGGAGGAGGAAGAGGAAAAUGAAGAGGAGGAAGAGGAAGAAGAAACUAAGCGGGAUGGUAUAUCGGUAAAAGAAUGGGCGAGAGAGGAUGAGUGUUGGUGGAGAGACGCUCUAGAAAACUUCGAGAAACCUGUUCCAGCCAAAGAAUUCUUCAAGGACGACAACAAACCGUGGUGGGAGGAGGAGGAAAAGCCGAAGGUCAUUUCUGCCAAGGACUUCUUCGAGGACGAUCGGCCUUGGUGGGAGGCACAGGAAGAAGAGAAACCCAAGGUGAUUUCAGCCAAAGAAUUUUUCAAGGACGAGUUCCGGCCGUGGUGGGAGGCGGAGGCCGAGAAGAAGGUCGUUUCCGCCAAAGAGUUCUUCAAAGAGGACGACCGACCUUGGUGGGAGGAGGCCACGGCCGCCGAGGACGACUCCAGGGCCCCGGGGAUGGUGGCGUCGUUAAAAAAAAGCUCGGUGGCUGCGUCAUCUGCUGAGGGAGAAGUCGAGAGCGGCGAGGAAAGUGGAGACGAAAGCGAAGAGGAGAGCCUAGAGUUCGAGUCCUACGAGGAGUCCACGAGGACCGAGGACUAUGAGGACGCCACCGAAAGCAUGAUGAGCGACUCCAGUACCAUGUACAGCGCCAGUGAAGGUGAGCGCCUCCAGGCAAACAUCGUGUUCAAGGAGAAGCCCUGGUGGGAGACCGAGGGGGGUGGCGGACACGGGUCGCCAGAGAGACAGGUGCCGGAUGAUGUGAGCGAAGUGAGCGAAGCCACCGAGACCCUGGACAUGGACGGCAGUGAGAUCAGCGAGAUGACGACUGAGGUGUCACAGGGAUCCAUCGGCGAAACAGACACUUCGAUCAAGUUCAUGCGAAGAGAAAGGGAUGUUAUGAAGAGACUUAGAGACAAGGGGGAGGAAGAGGAGGAGGAGGAGGAGGAGGAGGAGGAGGAGGAAGAAGAUGAGGAAGAUGGAGAUGAUCUUGAAAAUGACGAAGAGGAAGAAGAAGAUCAGGAAAAGGAAGAGGUACCUUCUAUUGAAAGAAAGUAUAAAGCAAAUGAAGAUGAAGAUGAAGACGAAGAAGAGUGUGAGAGUGAAAGUGAGGAAGUAAAGAGCGAAGAUGAAAUUGAAGACAUGCCCGAUGAGGAACUCGAAGAAACAGAUCUCAAACUGGAAGAAUUGGAUGAGGAAAUUAAGAAAAGCACCAAGACUGAAGAUGUUUCAGUAGAGUCACAAAAUACAGAUAUCACUGAGGAAACCAAACCUACCAAAGACAAAGAGGAACCGAUCCAAGCAAACCAAGAACCUGUAAGUGAACCUGUAGUUAAAGUGGAGGAAAAAGCUUCCCCAAAUCUUGAGAAAGUUGAGACGUCGAUCACAGUCUCGAGAGGUAGAUCUCUCUCGCCGGAAAGAACACCCGGAACAAAGACAGAAACGGUGAGUAAACCGGACGAAAUUCCUUUGAAGGAGAAUACCAAUAACAUAGACAUAGAAAUCACUAAUCCAGAUUGUUUAACAGAACAUUUACUUAGCGUUCAGCAGAUCGAGGGAAAUUUGCAGAAGUCGGAUUCUCAGACGAGUGGCUACGACUCAAGUUUAUCUUUGUCAGAGAGUAAGGCUCGAGAUCUUUCCAGAGACUCUGGGUGUGAUAUAUCUGUUGGAGAAGCUGAGAAAACUGUUGAUAAGGAAACCAAGAACGAGUCUGAGAAAGAGACUAGGCUUAACACCGACAAGGGCAUUCCUGUUGAACCAUCUGAAACUAUCGAAAUCAUCCCAGAAGAAACUAUUGAGCAGACGGAGGGGAAUGUGAAGGUCCAAUCUACUGUUGGAAACAAAAUCAUAAUACAACUCAAGCUGGAAAGUGAUAUUUCUCCAGACAACAAAGCUGGCAACUUAAGUGUCAAAACUACUGAAGAACAAGAAAAAGAACAGAAAUCCUAUGCAGCAGCAGUGAAAGAAGCCACUGUAAAAUCGCCCAUUCAGAAGAAAAGAGCCGAUGAGACAUCCAGUGAAAGUAAGGAUCUUGAUUUGCUGGAAGGCGAUGCAGAUCAAAGUGUGGCCAAAGAAAGUGUAGACAAGGUCGUAGUGAAUAAAAUGGAUGCAUGUUUAGCAAAGGUAGAUGCAAGUUUAGCCUGGGUAGAUGCUAGACUGACAAGAGAUGGUCACAAAACUUCCACCGAAAAUCUACCACAAAAAGACGUUGAAAAGGAUAAGGUUACCUAUGCUGGCAUUGUCAAAAGUGGAGCUAAAAUCAAUAUUCCUCAAUUGAUAGACAAGAAAACGAAACAGCCCAACUCCUCUGAUAAAAAGACACAGCCACAGCCGCAGAACAAAGCUAAAUCUGGAGAUAGCCUAGUUGUCUUAAAAGUACAAGCACAUGUGCCUGAAGAGCACACAAAAGAACAGGAGAACACCAAGGAUACAUGUGAACCUAGUGAAACUCCAAGUGAACAGAAGAAAGCCGAACCAUCAAUGGAUGUGAAGAACAUCAGUUCAUCCCCUAUACCUCCGUCUCAACCAAAAGAAACACAAGAAGCACGCAACAGGUCAAUAACAUUUGCAAAUGAACAGAAAUCUCAGACUUCACCUCCAAAGGACACCCCAGAUGCACGCAAGGAUUCUCAAACCAAAGGCAGAACCCCUACUACAGUACUCACUGAGCAACAGAGCACCAAAACGAGAGAAAUCAAGCAAGAGCCAGUAAGCCAAUCCAAAGCAGAGGCAUCACAAGCCACAAGACGCGUUAGACCAGCGAUGAAGGAAGGCAAAGAAACCACAAUGGAAGAGACCAAAGAAAUUUCAAACAAGAGAGAAGAACCUGUUUCUGAGAAUGUUCCAAGGAGGCGUGAAAGGAGGACAGAAGAUAGUACAAGACAAAAGAGUCCUUCAUCAGAUAAGGAAAAACAAGAUUCUAGUCCAGAUAAAAGACAAAGGAGAAGAGAAGAAAGCAGAACAGAACAUAAGGAGGAACAGCAGAAAUCCAGUCCAGCAGAUGUUUCAGAGGGUAAAUCGUCUCCUAUAUUACAAGGUGAACUCAGACGGAGGAGAAGAGGAGAAAGUAGACAAGAAAAUGAAAUUCAGGAAAGGUUAAGUCCAACAAACAGUGAUAUAACUGAGGCCUCUCCUAGGCCAAGUGAAGUGCGCAGAAGACCAGAAAGCAGAAGUGAAGGCAAACCACAACAGAUGCUCAGUUCAACAGACCUUAACAAAACUCAGACAACCACUGGGGUUAGACGGAGAUCAGAAAGCAGAAAAGAAGAAAUACCCAGCCCAACAGACAUUAAUCUGUCAGAAGAAUCCCCUAAAACGCACGAAGUUCGGCGUCGGUCAAGAACGGAAGCAAAGGCACAUGAUGAGUCAUCAAAAGAGCCGUCUUUGACGAAUGCUCAAGGGGGAAUCAACUUCAUCGACGACCCACCGACGCCACAAGUGGUCAGACGCCGGAGGCCAGAUACCGCGUCCACAGACGCCUCCAAGGAGAACAAACCUGCAGGCCAUGAGUCCCAAGACGUGCCUUCAAGACGGGGUAGCGACGAAGUCAGUUCCCCGGAGAGGUCCUCCCCCGAGCUCGAAAGUGCUCUCCCAGGUCUUGCUUCUAGUAAGACACUCUGGAGAUGUAGUACUUAUGAGACGAUGAGCCUUAGUGACUAUGACAACCUCGCCUUUAUGAUCCGCAAAUCCCGGAGUGCCCCAGCGUGCCCGGAUCGAAGGCGAAGGAGGAAGAAGCAAGACCUUUCGGGGAGCAUUGAGUCUUUGGAUCAAGCCAAAGGGCAGACUCCGGCAGCUGAGUCUUCGACUGGAGUUUCCUCUGAGAGUGAGUCCCCCCAGACCGACGAGUCUCACAGCAAACAAGGCGAUAGAUCCCCUGGUUCCCCACCCAAAGCGAACACUGGAACAACCACAACAGAAACAAAGACAACAACCACACCCACAUGCACCACCCCCCCACCCCCAACGCCCACACGAGACGAUUCCCAGAGGAGGCCGUCGAGCCGCACACAGCCAACCAUGCAUGAGUCUUCUCCUUGCAAAGCCGAAGUACCUGAAGUCCCUUCACCGAGACAGUCGCCAGAGCCCUCUAAGGUAGUAAGGUCUCGUAGUGUCACUAACAGUAGCCGAAGGAGCCGUGACCGGGACUCACCUGCUGCUCCGCCUCGAACUAGAGACCAAACAUUGCCAAAACAGUCUGUAGAUACUCAAGUUGCUGACCAUAGAGCAGAGCAGAGUUCUUCAUCUUCCACUAACGCAGUUCAAAGGUCAACUAACACCGCUUUGUUAUACGAUCCAGAUAACAAAGAACGCCGUAAAAUAGACUCACCAGCAACCCAAGCCAGGCCAAGCCAAGUGCCGCCGGUCCAACAAGGCUCCGGGAAGGGCAGGGACUCCAAGCCUCAGAGUGAGAAGCCUAAAGAGGUAAGCCAUGACUGGAGCAACGUUUUUACACUCACGUCCGCUGUUCUGCUGCUUCAAAAUCUUGCUUUUAUAUAUUUCAUCCUGAUUCCCUUCCUCAAACUGGUAGCUUCACUUUUGUACACCUAGUGGCCUUCCAUGUAUUUGAAGAACGAAAUGAGACAAAAAAAAAAAAAAAAAAAAAAAAAAAAAUCAGGUGAAAAGUACAAGCCUGGAGAAAAUAGAUAUAUCUCAUUACCUAUCUGUCAAUAUCAAAGCACGUGUGAGACAUAUAUCCACUAAAAAAGAUACUGUAUUUCAUCCUAAAAUGAAAUAUGUAUUUUUAGUUUUUUGGGGGUAGAUCUGACGAGGGUAUUUCGCUAUUUCUACUUGCAGUUGUCUUCUUCGCUGGCUGGGAAGACUGACCACGUGAGAAAAUCCUCCUCCUGCAGUCUGAGUUGAAGCUGUCUUAAAAUUGGUCAUUUCGAAUUUAGCAUUACGAGACAAAUUCAGUUUUCUUUACUGUUCUUUUUUCACUGUAACAUAAAUCGUUGUAGAAAUACCCUCUUCACGUAGAAAUAGUUUUUUAAAAUUUUGUUUUUGUUUUUAUUUGUUCUGUUCAUAGAUGUCACGUAUAUAUGAUAUGUUUUUUUAUAUAUAUAACUGAUUUAGGUAAUAUUUACUUUUUUUAUGGGGUGAUUUUUUUUUUCAAAAGAUCGUAGCCUUUGUGCACAUCUACCCCGAAAAAUAUGAAAAAGAUAUAUUUCAUUUUUUCCCGAUAUUUUUGAUUGGCUUUUUUUUUUGGUCUUUUUUGUGAUAUAUGAACAUACAGCAAUAACUGUUUCUUUGUGGUAAGAGACAGCUUAUAUAGCCUAAUUUUGAAAAGGGAUUUUACAUACUGGACCCACAACCUGAUGUCUGUGCAAGGAAAUUCAAACCAACUGACGAAAAAAAAAGAUACUCAGAGAAACUUCAUUCCAUCUUUAGAAUGCUCUUAAUUCCUUCUUCCUCUCACUUCCCCUCUACGCGUCCGUUGCCAUGACAACCAGUGCCUCCAAGGACCUCGACGCCAUAUGACGCCCGACAGCCUUUGUAGUUUGUGAAGUAAUGCUUAUAAAAGACGUUGGCAUUGCGAACAGAGAGAAAGAAGAACAAGUGAAUAAUCCUUAGACUUAGAGGACGACUUUGGGAAUUAGGAAACUAGAAAAUCACUCAGAAAGAGGGGUUUGGUCUCCUAGUUCAUGUGUCUUUACAUACGUAUGCUCAUAUGUAUGUAAUCCUCACAUAUACACGCAUAUAUGCAUAUUCUUUAGAAAUGCAGAAGAAACUGGAGAUUCUUGUCAUGCAUAUAUAUUAUUUUCUUUCUUUUCUUUUUUCUCCUUUAACACUUCACUCACAGUUUGAGUUGUUUAAAAAAAAACAUGUUCACGAUUUCCAAAUAUUACUGAAUUAUAUCUAGUAUAUCAUAUUAUUAUGCUUUGAGUUAAUGCACUCAUUAUUAUUGCUACUGUUACUAGCAUUAUUAUUUUCCAUCGCAAAUGGCGCACCCCCCCCCCCCCACCCCUUAUUAAAUAAGUGAAAAAUAUAAAAAUGCCGUUUCUCUUUUGUUUUUAUCAUAUUGCUCUCUGUAUAACUCUUCUUAUUGAAAUCAAAGAUACAUCGUAGGUCAACAGCCGUUUUUUUUUUUUGUUCUAGACUGUUGGUUCACUUUUUUUUUUUAUAUAUAUGAAUAAUUUUGAGAAGCGAACAUGUGACUUUGAAAGACAAAAUUCCUCCUCCUCUUCCUUUCCUCCUUUUCCCCUCUUCCUAAUCUUAUUCCUGCUCUUUUCAUACCCCAAUUUUCGUUCUCCCCUUCCCCCUUGACUGUGAAUAAAAUGUGUAGAGACAUGGAUGUAUAUAUAUUUUGUCUUUUCUUCUUCUUCUUCUUUGCAAAUACAGCCCUCUCUGAAAUGGUUCUUUGCAAUCAAAUAUGAAUCACUAUAUCACGUCCUUGUCCAAGAUUUAAGGUCAUGAAAAGUGAAUAAAUAAAAAAGGGGGCAUAACUUACAUUGUUUUGUCCUAAGCGUGAAAUAUUGCAAUAAUACUGAUAUUGCAACAAAGGAUUUAUACAUAAAGCUAAAACAAUCUCUUUUUUUAUCCCUUAUUCAAGAAACAAGUACUUUACGUUAGCUCUUUGUAAAAUUGUGUAUAUGUAGGAGAAAUUACUGAUAAUUCUUUAUUUUCCUCGCUUGGUGUAUGGAAGGAAUCUGUCACAAAAGGUUGUCUUGUGAUAUUGUAAAGUGGAGCCUUUUUUUUCCUCAAUACAUGGAAUAAAUUUAUUUGUAGGAGA